AUGAAAGAAGAAUUUAUGGAUCAAUUCUGCUCACCCUCCAAGAUAUCUAAGUUAAAGAAAGCCAUAGCCAACUUUGAACAACAAGGUAGAGAGUCACUAUAUGAAACUUGGGAGAGGUACAAGAGCCUGCUAAGGAAUUGCCCACAUCAUGACCUCAAUAGUCAACAAGAAGUCUCCAACUUUUAUGAUGGAGUAAGUGUUACCACAAUGCAAUUACUUGACUCGCAAGGUCCAUUCACAAAGAAGGCACCUCCAGUGAUAAAGCAACUAAUUGAAGAAUUCUCUAAGCAUUCUAGAGAAUACCACAAUCCAAUGAAUGAUGUGACAAGGGGAUCAGCUUAUGCAGCUUCAGAAGAUUUGUCAGUAGUCAUGGCUAUGCUAAAAACCAUGGAUAGGAGGAUGGACAAAAUGGAUCAAACGAUACAUGCUAUUCGGGUGGGUUGUGAGAACUACAAUGGGCCUCAUCUUACUAGAGACUGCGACUUGGAUGAAAAUGGCAAUAAGAAGGUGCAAGUAUGUUACUCAAGUGGGGACCGAUAUGAUGAAGAUUGGCACAAACCAAAGAAAGAGUGGCACCCUUAUGACGAGUACAUGAAGGCUAAGGAGGAGAAGUACAAGCAAAAGGGAAGAGGUUUUUACCAAAAGGAGGAUCCGGCACAAGAAAUAAAACCAAGUUUGGAAGAGAUGCUUACCAAGUUUGUAGCUGCUUCAGAAAAGAGACAUAAUGAACAUGAUGCUGCAAUCCGAGAAACAAGAACCAUGCUUAGAAACCAGCAAGCAUCUAUCCACAACAUUGAAACACAGCUUGGGCAACUUGCUCAACAAAUCAAUCAAAGAUCACCGGGCAAACUUCCUAGUAAAACCGAAAACAACCCAUGA